AUGGAAGACCUAAGAAACAUAGGUGAAGAGAUAAGAAUGUUGAGAGAGGAGGUAGUAAAAUUGAGAGAAGACCUGAGAAGAUGGAGGCUAGAAGAGGGAAGAACAAAGGGAAAGGAAAAAUACAAAAGAGACGAAGAAAGAGAGAAUGGAGAUGCCUCAGAGGAAGAGACAGAGGGAAAGACCAAAGAAAAGGAGGAAGAGGAAAACAAGGAAAAAGGAAAAAGGGAGGAGAGGAGGGAAAAAAUACAGAAAGAAGAAGGUCAAGAAGAACCAGAGAAGAAGAAAGAGAGAGAGUGGGAGAACAGAAAGGAGGAAAAGGAGAGAGUGGAAGAAAACAAAGAAAGAAUGAGAGGAGUGGAGUCAUGUAAGAUGACGAAGGAGGCGGAGGAAAGAAGAGAGCGCUGGAUAAGGGAAGAAGAAAGAAGGAAAAAUAUAAGAAGAGGAAAGAGCCUGGUGUGGAAAGGAGUGAAAGGGGAAAACAUAGAAGAGAGGCUGAAAAAUAUUAAGGUAAUCCUAAAGAAGGAACUAGGAGAAAAAGCGGAAAUAAAAAGUGCAGUAGAAAGGGAAGGGGAGGGAGGAAGGGCAAUAGUAAUCACGGAAAUGGAGGAAGAGGAUAACAAAAAAGAGAUGGUAUGGAUGAGAAAUGGGAUAUGGGAAAGGUGGAGGGUGGAGGUAGAUGAAGACCUAAAUAAGGAAGAAAGAAGACUAAAGUGGAUAAUAAAAGAGAAGGCAAAAAAGGAAAGAGACGCAGGAAGGAAGGUCAUGUACAAUAGUAGGAGAAUAUGGGUGGAGGGGACGGAAAUAAAGUGGAACGAGGAAAAGAAAAACUGGGAAAAAAUAUCACUGAGAGAAAGACUGGAGAGGACAAUGAAUUAG